UUAAAUUCCCAGUACUGUCACAUUACUGUAUUUAGUAAGUUUAUGGUUAAAUAAUUUAAAAAAAAUCAUAAUUUUCUAUCCUUGCAAAAUGUAUGUGCGCAAUAUAUUUAGCAUGCUUUUAAUUUAUGAUUGUGUAAUUUGUUUCAGGUUGGAGGCAUAUGAUAGAAAUAAGAAUUUUAGGAACGAUUUAAUCGUAUUGCCAGAGCCAGUUUUUCCAGAUUGGCCAUCUUCCGGUUUUCGACAGCUACUACCUGACCACAGAGAUGUAAUUCCUAAAUUAUCAGAAGGACAGAUCGAGGUGUAUCUCAAUCACAGAGCGGCACUGGAUAAAAGGUGUAAAUCUGAUUUCAAAGCUCUGGCAAAGGGGAAGUUGCUAUUCGAGUCCCAGCGAAUAGAUGCCUGCAGCAUUCUUUUGGCUGAGGAAGAUGUUUACUUCACUGGCAUUGUGAGGGCAGCUAUGAAGAAAAAGGUUCUCCAGUGAAAUCUGAAAAUCUUCCAAGCAAGAGAAAACUACCGAUGUCUGAUCCAAGACCUGUGGAGUUUAGAGAUCAACCAGGUUUCGAGGACCGUGCCCGCAAUUGUAUCAUCAAUUACUGUUCAAACACAAACCAAGACCUUACGAUGAAGUAUCUGUAUGAGAAAGCGGACAUACAGACGGCUGCAAAUGACCAUCACUAUCUUGCACUGCCACUCACUGAAUACUGGGUCGAUAAAUCUUUGCAUGUCACUGAGGUAUCCGCUCGCAUUUUGGAAAUCAAUACCAGAGGACAGGCACAGUGUCGACUUUGGCACAGUGAAAGAAAGUGGAGAAUCACUGCAUCUCGAUUUGGUGAAAUCUGCAAUGCUACAGAGAGGAGGAAUAGACAAAGACUUUGUGAAUGCAUUGUUUUUCCUACUUCCUUGUCGACACCACCAAUUAUACAUGGCAAACAAUAUGAAUCUGUAGCGAUACAUUUUUUUGAGUCUUUCAAUGGUGUAAAUGUCAACAAAUGUGGGCUGUAUGUGAUACCAAACCUUCCCUUUCUAGGUGCUUCACCUGAUGGCACUGUGGGUAGUACAUCUAUUGUAGAGGUUAAAUGUCCAUAUACAGGGAGAAAUUCUACCAUCAUACCAGGGAAGAUGUUCCCCUUUUUGGAGUAUACAUUGGACGGUGCCAUAACAUUGAAGAAAACCAGCCACUAUUUCAGUCAGGUUCAAGGGCAGAUGUAUUUAUCUCAAACAGAUCUAUGCUAUUUUGUGGUGUAUACACAUCAAGACCUGCUGGUUGUACCAAUAUGCCUGGACAAAGACCUGUUUCUAGAGUCGAUGCUUCCCAAACUGGAAGUAUUUUACAAGAAAUAUUUGAGGCCUUACAUUGCAGGAAUCUUUUAAAUGAAAAAUGUCUGGGUCAGCAACCUUUGAAAACGUUAUACUAAUUUCAUUAAGACAUUGCAAUAGUCUUAAUAGAUGAAAUUGCACUAGAAAUUUAAUCUCACCAUAUCAAAGGUUUUUUGUUUUUUUCAACAUUCAUGUACAUGUAAAAAUAAGCAAUACAAAUACAGGACAGUAUAAUGGCAUUAAAACCUUUAGAUCAAAGUAUUAAUUUGUAAACUGAUCCAUACUAGAUUAUUACAAGAUACCUUAUGUCCACUAUAAAUAUAAUAUUACCACUUAAAUUGAAAUUAUGCAAGUAAUGCCACAAUGCAAUUGCUAAAGUUGUUAAUGCUGAAACAGCUGAACAUGAUUCUUUCCCCCAUGGAAAGUUUUGCCAAGGCCGAUCACACGUUCUAUGUGGAUUCGCUUUGAUGCAAUUCUUCUGUCGUGAACUACUUCCACAGGUUCCAGCUGCGAUUUUCCUUUUAGCAUGGUAGGUGUAUUUACAAAGACAUCUUUUGCUGCGAAUAAGUCUUGAACCAUGAUUCCACGAUCUGCCAUUAUACUAUACUUUUUUUUAAAAAACUGAUCAGUGUUUGUACAUAAUUCACUUCGCUCAAUAAUUUGACAGUCACUUGCUGCACCUCCAUAGCUACUGCUGACAUACGAAAUUAACCACGUAGUGUACAACCAAUCAUGAUUUUCAGUGUGUUCUUGUUUUUGUAUGUAGAAAAGGUUGCACUCUGUGCCUGAACAUUGGAUGGCUUCUGGAUAGGUAUUUCCGUGGCAUCCAGUAUCACUCGAGUUGACGGAAACUGUUUCUUAAAAUCCUCUGGCAUUGUAUCCUCUGUAACCUUCUUUGACGGCCAUGUUUUAAUUUGUUUUAGCUGAAAGUAUAGAAAGUUCACCCAAGUGUUGACAAUCUGGGUAACAACUGACUGGCUUACACCAAACAAAAUGGACAGCUCAAUAUCAUCUUUAGUCUGUCUCAAUUUCAUCAGUGUUAAGAAAAGCUGAUCUUUUGGUGAUAGCAUACUGCACUUAUAAUCCAAGUAGUCAACAACUGGACCAAGAAUAUUGAAAAAUAGCAUAAAAUGUUCAUAGUUGUCGAAUAAUACUGAACAGCCUGUGGAUGGAACAUGUAUUUUUCAAUCGAAAAGUUAUCGGACAUCAAAUUACACUGAAUGGCACUUUCUUCAAAAGUACAAGUUAUUUUCUCACUUUCCUCGGCUACUUUGGGGGUUUCAGUGCUUACAACAAUUUCUUCAUUGCCAAUGUUAUUCAAAUUAAUCUCUUGCAGUGCCCUAUGGUCAGGGCCACGUGAUCUCCUCCUUUUUGCAGAAGGGCUUGCUUCACAGGUGAAACUAAAUAUUGAUGGCACAGCACCCUGUUUAAGGAUUUUUCUUUCGCCUGUAAUUGUAAUGGAAAAAAAGUACAUUAUUUAAUGAAUCAUAUUAAAUGUAAAUAUUAAAGUUAAAACAUAUUAUUGAAUCAUAUUGUAAGAGUCAAAUUUCUGGAGGUAAAAUUUACGGUUAUAUGGGCAUGGUUCUGGGUCGUUUCGUCCUUAUUCUCGUUCGCCCCGGGUCAUUUCGCCCCUCUGUCGGAUCGUUUUGCCCCCCCCCCCCCCCUCAUGAGUCAUUUCGCCCGUAUUUGCCCUAAUUGUAGUCCACUCACCAUAAUUAUAGUCCGUUCCAGCCAAAAAUAAAAAAGGUAUAUUUUUUGUAAAUUUUCUAAACUUUAAAAACCCAAAGUGCUUUGAAAACAACAAAAAUAUACUAUUUCUAUGUGCUGUAAUUAGAAAAAACAAACAAAUGUACACACACACACAAAUGUCAUUUUAAGUGAUGUCAAACAGAAAUUAUUUACCAAAAAUAUGUCAGGGUAUGAGCCCAUGUUUGGUACAUAUUAUGUUUCUGUUUUAUAUGU